UUUCUAAGCAGUUCAGGGCAAUGCGAGCACAUUGAUCUGAUGAACUGUAGCGAUUACGAGACUGACGAGAUGACUUGCAUGCUAACGGCGACCGGUAUGACAUGCUGUGUUUGUACUGGCACUCUAAAAGCCAGCAAAUGGUCGUUAUUCUAG